GGGGAGAAGUAAGAAGGGGGGAGGGAAAGGGGACCAGGAAGAGGGAAGAAUGGCCCAGCGGACCCCUCAACUUCAGGAGCCGGUGCUGGCGUGUCUGGAUGGGUCCCCGCCCAGGGAAGGAAGGGAAGGGAAGAGAGAGAGAGAGAGAGAGAGAGAGAGCUUCCCCCUCGACACCCGGAAGAAGGAAGCCGAGAGAGAGCUUCCUGGGCGCCUCCUCCUGGGCUGGUCCUUCCUCUUCCUUCGGGCGCCUUUAAAAGGGCGAGGCCUGGGCGCUGACGCUGCUGCUGCUGCUGCUGCUCCUGAGCCCGGACGAAGGAAGGAAGGAAGGAGGGAAGGAGGGGGGAAUGCGGCCGCUCUCUCGCGCGAGGCCAUGGCGGAGGCCCCCCACCCCCACCCGCACCGUCUCCGGGCUCUCCUCCUCCUGGGCCUCGUUCUCCUCGUGAGCCUCGGUGUCGCGGAGGGCGAGGGCGAGGGCGAGUCGAAGCGUGUGGUGCAGAAGGAGGCCGAGUUCGACCGGCUCUACUCGGAGUCCGUCAACGCCGCCCUCCUCGACAUCUACGCCUUCAACCACACCGUCACCCGGAACAGGACGGAGGGGGUCCGUGUGUCGGUCAACGUGCUUUCGGAGCAGAAGGAGACCCCCGUGCUCUUCGUGGUGCGGCAGAAGGAGGCCGUGGUGUCCUUCCAGGUGCCCCUCAUCCUGCGCGGACUGUACCAGCGCAAGUACCUCUACCAGGACGUCAGCCGGACGCUGUGCCAGCCGCAGACCAAGAAGGAGGUGGACACCCAGUUCUUCUACGUCGACGUCUCCACGCUUUCCCGGGAAAAUGCCUCCUACCAGCUGCGUGUCACACGUGUUGAGAACUUUGUGCUCCGGACCGGGGAGCAUUUCGGCUUCAAUGCCACGGCCGCUCAGCCACAGUAUUUCAAGUACGAGUUCCCGGAGGGCGUGGACUCGGUCAUCGUGAAGGUGACCUCCGCCGCCAAGUUCCCCUGCUCCGUCAUCUCCGUCCAGGACGUCCUGUGCCCCGUCUAUGACUUGGACAACAACGUGGCCUUCAUCGGCAUGUACCAGACCAUGACCAAGAAGGCCGCCAUCACGGUCCAGAAGAAGGACUAUCCCAGCCACAGUUUCUAUGUCGUGGUCGUGGUCAAGACGGAGGACGAAGCCUGCGGAGGGGCCCUCCGCUUCUACCCUUACUCCAAAGAUGAGCCCGUGGACCAAGGCAACCGCCUGAAAACCCUGGAUGUGGUUGUGUCGCCGGCCGUCACCUCGCAGGCCUAUGUCGGCGGGAUGCUCUUCGUCCUGGGCGUCUUCCUCUCCUUCUACCUCCUGACCGUCCUCAUCGCCUGCUGGGAGAACUGGAGGCAGCAGAAGAAGAAGCGCCUGGGUCUCUUGGCUACGAUGGACACUCCCAGCACCGAAACAGCGUCUCUCCUCGGCGCUCCUCCUCCUCCUGCUCCCCGCAUCACCCCAGACUCCUUCCUGGGACGCCCGGCUUUCAAUAGCUACAGCUAUGGCUCCUUUGACAAUGGUUCCACCGCCAGCACCGAGAACGUCACCGACAGCCUCCUCUCCACCGAAGCCUCCUACAGUUACACAGGGCAGGACCCGUGCCAGCGCCGCCAGAGACUCUGGGCCAUCCCUAUGGACCGCUCCUUGGAGAACAUGGCCGGGCGGCCGAGGCUGGACUCGCUCAGCUCCGUGGAGGAGGACGACUACGACACUUUGGCCGACAUCGAGUCGGAUAAGAACGUCAUCCGCACCAAGCAAUACCUGUAUGUGGCAGACCUGGCCCGCAAAGACAAGCGGGUGCUGCGGAAGAAGUACCAGAUCUACUUCUGGAACAUCGCCACCAUCGCGGUCUUCUACGCUCUGCCGGUCAUCCAGCUGGUCAUCACGUACCAGACGGUGGUGAAUGUUACUGGGAACCAAGACAUUUGCUACUACAACUUCCUGUGUGCCCACCCUUUGGGCAACCUCAGCGCCUUCAACAACAUCCUCAGCAACCUGGGCUACAUCCUGCUGGGCCUCCUCUUCCUGCUCAUCAUCCUCCAGCGCGAGAUCAACUACAACCGGGCGCUGAUGCGCAACGAUCUUCAAGCCGUGGAGUGCGGCAUCCCCAAGCACUUUGGCCUCUUCUACGCCAUGGGCACGGCCCUCAUGAUGGAGGGGCUCCUCAGCGCCUGCUACCACGUCUGCCCCAACUACACCAACUUCCAAUUCGACACCUCCUUCAUGUACAUGAUUGCGGGGCUGUGCAUGCUGAAGCUCUACCAGAAGCGGCACCCGGACAUCAAUGCCAGUGCCUACAGCGCCUACGCCUGCCUGGCCAUCGUCAUCUUCUUCUCCGUCGUGGGCGUGGUCUUUGGGAAGGGCAACAUGGCCUUCUGGAUCGUCUUCUCGGUCAUCCACAUCCUCUCCACGCUGCUGCUCAGCACCCAGCUCUAUUACAUGGGCCGGUGGAAGCUGGAUUCUGGGAUCCUGCGCAGGAUUCUGCACGUCCUUUACACCGACUGCAUCCGCCAGUGCAGUGGGCCCAUGUAUGUGGAUCGGAUGGUGCUCCUGGUGAUGGGCAACAUCAUCAACUGGUCCCUCGCUGCCUACGGCCUGAUCAUGCACCCCAACGACUUUGCCUCCUACCUGCUGGCCAUCGGCAUCUGCAACCUGCUCCUCUACUUCGCCUUCUACAUCAUCAUGAAGCUCCGGAGUGGCGAGAGGCUGAAGCUGAUCUCCCUGCUCUGCAUCGUCUGCACCUCGGUCGUCUGGGGCUUCGCCCUCUAUUUCUUCUUCCAGGGACUCAGCACCUGGCAGAAAACGCCGGCUGAGUCCCGGGAGCACAACCGCGAGUGUGUCCUCCUCAACUUCUUCGACGACCACGACGUCUGGCACUUCCUAUCGUCCAUCGCCAUGUUCGGCUCCUUCCUGGUUUUGCUGACUCUGGAUGAUGACCUGGAUACCGUCCAGCGGGACAAGAUCUACGUCUUCUAGGCGGAUGGGCGGGUGGAGGGGCGCCUGCCGUUCCUGUGGUCCGAGGGGUGGGGGUCCCUGCCGUCCCUCCCUCCCACCCACAAAAGCCAGGCCUGCUUUUCCCACCAGCGGCUCAUCGGCUGGUUCGGUGCAUUUGGGGGGAGAACGAGCCACGGGAGCGGAGGAGGAGGCGGCGGCGGUGACAGGCGGCACGUCCUCUCUCCGUCCCCGCCCAGCGCCGUUGUACAAGGAACAGACGCCUCGUAUGGACGAAGCUGGCUGAACAAUCCUAAGAUGACGGAUCCGUUCUCAAUUAAUGUCCCGCUGCCAGAAAAUACGAUCAAGGGCCACCUCGAGCCCGGCUUGGCCUUUUCGCGCACAUCUCUUGCCGGCCGAAAGCACAUCUCUCGAGCCCCUUUCGUUGACCAAGGCCUGCCAACUGCCAAACGUGGCCUUCCGGAGCUGGAGGGGCUCGCUUGCCAACGAGAAGGACCUUCUUCUGGGGAGACAGAUAGAUAGAUAGACAAAGGGCCUCUUCCGGGUCCUCCAAGCACAUGCCUCUUCGGUGCCUAAUUCGGGGCCCCUCCGCUUCCUCCUUCUCCUGCCUUUCUGCCCAGAUCCGGGGAGGGGUCCUGGGCAGCUCUUCCUUCCUUCCUUCCUUCCUUCCUUCCUUCCUUCCUUCCUUCCUUCCUUCCUUCCUUCCUUCCUUCCUUCCUUUAGGGGAGGCUGCCAUCUUUUCCUUCUGCGGUCAUCCCUGGCAGCCAGUCACGAGUGACCGCUGACCGUAUGCAUUGUACUGCCUGAAACUGCCUGUCCAACGACGACGACAAACGUGUUUUUGGCAAGGGUCCCACCCGUGUCGCCGUCCUUUUCCCCCCUUGUACGAACAGCACAAAAGACAGCCGAGGACCGACGUGGCCGGCUUUUGCGGAGGGUUGCUGUAUCAGUAGCCCAGGAGCAAGUGUUUUUUUUGGGGGGGGGGGGGCUCCUGCUGUUGGUUCUCCUUUUGUGCGUCUGUUCCUGGUUCUUUCGGUCAUGUUUUAAAAACGGUUUUGGGGGGUUCGUUGUGGGGUUUCCUUUUGGUUUUCUUUUUAAUUGUCCCGAUGUUGCUGCUGCAGAACCGGAAAACAACACUUCUCGUUUCUACAGAUUCUGUUGCCAAAUGCAAAGAAAUAAAAAAAAGAAAAUUAUAAAUGAUA